CACAAUAAAUGUCGUUGCAACCACACACAGUUUUUCUUUACGGAUAGUACUCAAACCAAAUUGAACCUUAAUUACAUCAUUCAUAUUGGUCAAAUUCGAGCGGAUUUUUUUGAACAUACAAGCUAUCGAAGAUGGACGCCGGUCAGUGAAAAUAUUGUUUUCCAGUAAGCCGUAAACCACAUUCCAGUGAUUUAAAGACAACUAAUUUAUACAUAGUUUAUAAAUAUUACAAUUUUAUUCCGUUUUCUGGUUGGACGGUACUAUGGAUGAACUUUUGAACGUUUUAGAAGAUACCGCUGCGCUCUUAAACAAAACUCAAAUUAAUUUGAAGAAAUGUCCAAAAGCUAGAUUGACAAGAGGUUAUGUAGAAGCAAGAAUCAAAUGUAUCGAAGAAUAUUGGACUACAUUUAAGCAAACGCAUCUACAAUUGGUAAAAAUAACACCGAAAGAACAAAGACAAGAGUUACCAUAUUUUCAAAAUGAAGAUUACUACGUGUUCGAAGAUUUGUAUCUCGUCUUGUUAGCCGAUUUAAAAGAUCUUUUGCAAUCUUUCACACAAGCAGCUGCGCCGAGUUCUUCAACGUCCUCACCAAAUAAUUCUAAGAUUAUUGCGGAUACCGAAAACCUUGUUCGGUUACCGAGAAUCGAAUUACCUAAAUUCACUGGAAACUAUGAAGGUUGGCCUACGUUUCAAGACCUAUUUACCUCCUUAGUGGAUAAGAACCCGGCUUUAAGUGACGUACAAAAGUUACAUUAUCUUAAGAGUACAGUCAGCUGCGAGGCAGAAACAUUAUUAAAACCUAUUCAAGUCACGGAAAACAAUUAUAAAAAAGCAUGGAAUAUUUUGAAGUCAAGGUAUGGAAAUAAAAGAUUAAUAAUUAACCCAGUGUUGAAGAAAUUAUUUAAUCAGAAGAAAAUUAGUUCUCAGUCUGCAAAUCAAUUAAAAAAUUUAUUAGACGUCACGACAGAUUGUUUGAAUAAUUUAGAAAAUUUAAAUAUACCUACGACCUCCUGGGAUCCUAUAAUUAUAUUCCUUGUGAUACAAAAGUUAGACCCGGAGUCUCACAAAGAAUGGGAGCAGACAGCUUAUUCAAAAUCAGAGGACGAACUACCAACUUGGGAGAAUUUAAAAGAUUUCCUGCAGUCAAGAUACCGUACCUUAGAACUUGUAUUGUCCGUGUCAGGGACUUGUAGCAGCCGUGACAAACCUGUAAGAGAACGUUCACAUUUAGUAACUGCCACAGCCACCACGUCACAGCCAAAUGAAAGAACUUGCGUGCUCUGUAAAGAAAAACAUACAUUAUGUCAUUGUAAGAAUUUUACCAAACUGCAACCUAAAGAAAGAGCUGAUUAUGUCAAGACCAACAAUCUGUGUUUUAACUGUUUGGUGCCUGGGCAUUCUGCUUACCAGUGUAAGUUACAAAUGUCCUGUCGCUUAUGUAGAAGACGGCAUCACACUCUUCUCCACCGCCAUCAAGACUCGGCACAAACUGAGGAAAGGAAUCAACCGAGUGUAUCUCACCACGGGGUAGAAGAGAAAGAAGAGGUUAUUAAUAGCAUGGUGGCGUCACAUCACAGUACUAAACAAAGCACAGCACUACUAGCCACAGCGAUGGUUUUAGCGAGGAACGAGCAUAACCAAACCGUUGUUCUUCGUGCGCUAGUAGACCAAGGUUCGCAGGCUUCAUUUUUAAGCGAGAAGGCGGCUCAAAUGCUCAAACUUACCAGGCAAUCAGCGAGAGGAAGUAUCAUCGGGGUGGGAUCUACUAGGACUAACGUUGAUCACGUGGUUCAACUUAAGAUUGGCUCCCGCUGGAAUCCAAGCUUCGAAAUCAACAUACAAGCAUAUGUUAUGAGUAAACAGUUGACCACGAAGAUCCCCUCCAAAGCUGUAACUGCCACACAUUGGCCACAUCUAGAAGGACUCAACCUGGCAGAUCCAGACUACUUCCAACCAGGUUCUAUAGACUUACUUCUUGGUGUUAAAGAGUAUGCACAGAUUGUGCAACCAACACUUAUUAAGGGCCCUCCAGGUUCUCCAGGUGCCCAAGAAACCAACCUGGGGUGGAUCCUCUUCGGAGAAAUCGAUAAUAACCGUGAAAAUGAAUCAUUUCUGGUCCUUCGUCAUCAAGUCCAUAUAGAUCAUAUGUUGAAAUCCCUCUGGGAAAUUGACAAUGAUAAAAAGAGAAUAUUAACAAAGGAAGAAAAGCUAUGUGAAACAAUAUAUGAAAGCACACAUAUGAGAAAUAGUGAAGGAAGAUAUCUAGUAAGGCUGCCAUUUAAUACAAAUAAUCCAAUUUCGAUUGAAGGAAAUACGAAGGAAAUAGCUAGAAAAAGGUUACUUCAACUAGAAAGAAGAUUUAAGAAAGAAACUAAACUGAAAGAAGAUUAUACAAAGGUCAUGCAAGAAUACAUAAAAGCUAACUACAUGGAAGAAAUACCUAAGAAUGAAAUAAAUGAGAGAAAAUCAGUAUACUUACCUCAUCACGCCGUGGUACACGCAGACAGAGAAACUUCUAAGACACGCGUAGUAUUUGAUGCUUCAGCGAAGGGCUCUAACUGCAUUUCCUUAAACGAUGAAUUGCUUGUAGGUCCGCAACUGCAAGAGGACUUAAGGAACAUACUUAUGAGAUCGAGAUUACAUCGUGUUUGCUAUGCAAGUGAUAUACAAAAGAUGUACCUGCAAAUAUUACUUUAUGAAGAAGACGCCGAUCGAUAUCAACGCCUUUUGUGGAGAGAGAAUGAUUCAGACCCGAUUAAAGAAUAUCGUAUGCUUCGUGUUACAUUUGGUACAGCGGCGGCCCCUCACCUGGCUGUAAGAACGCUUCACCAGGUGGCGGACGAUGAAGGUCGAAAUCACCCAAUGGCUGUUCGAAUUAUUAAAGAAGAUUUUACAUGGACGAUCUAAUAUCGGGGGAGAGCAGUGCUCCUGAAGCCAUAAAAAGAGCACAAGAAGUAGAUAGUAUUCUACAGAAAGGUGGAUUUGUUUUAUCAAAAUGGUCAUCCAAUUCUGCUGAAUUUUUGAAAUCUAUCGAACCAAACAAACGUACAUCUCGAGCACAGUUGGAUUUAAAAUUGGAUGGAAAUGUACAAGCCCUAGGUUUGAUCUGGAACCUGGGCACAGAUCAGUUUCAGUACAAAGUUAACUUACCAGCAAGGUCAAGCAGUAUUACAAAGAGAGGCAUACUAUCUGAUAUUCAAAGACUUUUUGACCCACUGGGAUGGAUCGCCCCUAGCUUAAUUUUGGCUAAGAUACUCAUACAAAGGCUAUGGCUAGAACCGAUUGGCUGGGAUGACGAGAUUAACCAAUCGCUGUUACACGAUUGGCUGACAAUUAGAGAAGACUUUGAACAUGUAAAAGAGAUAGGUAUUCCAAGAUGGCUAAACACAGUAAGCACACAGAUGGAAAACAUCGAGGUUCAUGGUUUCAGCGAUGCUUCCAUGAAAGCCUAUGCCGCGGUGGCUUACAUUCGUGUGAAGAGGGAAGAUGGUUCAGUAUUCACCAAUCUAUUAGCUGCCCGUGCUAGAGUGGCACCACUCCGUACCGUGUCUCUACCACGCCUGGAGUUAUGUGGGGCGCUGUUAUUAGCAAGGUUACUUAAGCAAAUAGAAAAUGCAAUGCGUAUACCUACUUCUAACAUCUAUGCAUGGACAGAUUCAUCAAUUGUUCUUGCAUGGCUAUCUGGUGAUCCUCAUAGAUGGAAGACAUUCGUGGCGAACCGGGUCGUAGAAAUUGUAGAAAAUGUAAACACACCGAUGGUUCCAUGUAGCUUCGGAAGAGAAUCCUGCAGACAUCGGGUCGCGAGGCAUGCUGCUGGCGGACUUGAAACAGAAAGAGUUGUGGUGGACAGGGCCUAAGUGGUUAUGCAAAAAAGAAAUAAUAUACAGUAAGCCUGGAAUAACGGAAACAGAAUUAGAAAUGAAACCAAUAAAAUUAAAUACUUACCACAAUGCAGAAGAACUAAAACCUUUAACCGCUCAGUUUGAAGAUUUUGAUACGUUACCAGAAUUACUAAAAACUAUUAUUUACUGUAAAAGAUUUUUAAGAUACAAAAGUAAUUUAAGUACGAGCAAGGAAAUAACUACACAAGAAUUAGAAGAGGCGCUUAUCACAUGCAUUAAGUUAGUACAACAAGAAUUCAAAGAAGAAAUAGAUCGGCUAAGAGAUAAGAAACAAGUUAGAAGAAAAAGUAAAUUACGAUCGCUAAACCCAUACCUGGAUGAGAAUCAUAUCCUCAGGGUGGGCGGUCGCCUUAAACAUACUAACUUAACUGAUGACCGAAAAUACCCAAUUAUUCCUGGAAAAUGGUCUUUGGGAAGAAUAGUCGAGAAGCACCCAGGUCCUGAUAAUCUCACGAGAGUUUACAGUGUGAAAAAUGGCAGUGCUGUGACAAAAAGAUCAAUAACAAAAUUAUGUCGUUUGCCGGUGGAUUCCACUCAGUGAAACGUCAUCUUGUAAUUUUGUCAAGAUUCUCUACCAAUGUCAAUAUGUAGCAAUAUUAUUAUUAAAUUAAUACUAAGUCUCAAGUUAAGCAUAUUGUAUUAUGAUGUCUAGUAUUUAAGCAAACUUUAUUUGUAGAAUAUUGUUUUGAAGUCACCUUGACGUUGUAAUUAGUGCAAUAGAUUUAGAAAGAACUUAGUAGUCCUUUGGUGGGCGGUAUGUUGUUAUUAACCUUAUACUCUUUGCUAAUUACGAUAUUUUUACUUGUCAAAAUUUAAGUCAGUCGCACAAUAAAUGUCGUUGCAACCACA